AUGCGGCUGCUCCCGGAAUGGCUCCUCCUGCUCCUUGGCCCGUGGCUCCUGGAGAAGACCGUCCGUGCCCAGCUGCCGGAGUCCGGGAGGCCGCAGUACAUGGAGCUGCGCCCCGCAGCGGCCGGAGGGGGCGCCCCCGCCCAGCAGCUCCAGGCGCCCAAGGCCCCCGACGGCCUGGGCGCCGCGCGCGCCUGGAGCUGGGCCUGGGCCGCUAACCACACCGGGGCGCUGGCCCGGGCGGGGGCCGCGGGCGCGGCGGGGGCGCUCCCGGCGCAGCGCCCCAAGAGGAAGCCGUCCCUCAAGGCGGCCCGCGCCAAGAAGAUCUUCGGCUGGGGGGACUUCUACUUCCGGGUGCACACCCUCAAGUUCUCGCUGCUGGUGACGGGCAAGAUCGUGGACCACGUGAACGGCACCUUCAGCGUGUACUUCCGCCACAACUCGUCCAGCCUGGGCAACCUCAGCGUCAGCAUCGUGCCGCCCUCCAAGCGCGUCGAGUUCGGGGGCGUCUGGCUGCCCGGGCCCGCCCCCCACCCGCUGCAGUCCACGCUGGCCUUGGAGGGGGUGCUCCCCGGGCUGGGGCCCCCCGCUUUGGGGCUGGCGGCUGCGGCUGCGGGGGCGGGGCUGGGAGGCAGCCUAGGGGGCGCCCUGGCGGGGCCCCUCGGGGGAGCGCUGGGCGUGCCGGGGGCCAAGGAGUCGCGCGCGUUCAACUGCCACGUGGAGUACGAGAAGACCGACCGCGCGCGCAAGCACCGCCCGUGCCUGUACGACCCCUCGCAGGUGUGCUUCACCGAGCACACGCAGAGCCACGCCGCCUGGCUGUGCGCCAAGCCCUUCAAGGUCAUCUGCAUCUUCGUCUCCUUCCUCAGCUUUGACUAUAAACUGGUGCAGAAGGUGUGCCCGGACUACAACUUCCAGAGCGAGAACCCCUACUUUGGAUAG